CUGGAACUCAGCGCCAGCGCGCUCUGCCGAGCCACACGCCCUCGCGCCCUCGCUCAGAUACACCCGCACUCACUCUCGCUCACGCACUCACACUCACUCACACUCACUCACUCACGCCCUCACGCACUCACACCCGCACUCACGCACUCACACCCGCACUCACUCACUCACACUCACAUACUCUCACUCACACUCACUCACUCACUCACUCACUCACUCACUCACUCACUCACUCACUCACUUUCUUGGAGAGGGAGAGCAAAACGACGGGGACAAGAGUGUUGUGGGUGCUACUGCCAACUCGCGCGGUGCUGGAUCUGCAAGAUGGCAGCCAAUGGACCGCUGGAUGAGUCGACGGCCCGCAACUUGGCGCUGAUCAGCGUUGGCGUGGAGAAAGGCCUGCCCGAGAAGAACUGCAUGGCUGCCUGCACACUCUUGGCCAAAGACGUGCACGUCUCCAGCGCCAUGAUCAUUGACACAGACCUCAUCGCCCACCUCACCUCCCUUCAUCAAGCGGAGAAGCGCAAGCCCGUGCGCAAAGCCAUCAAGCAUGUUGUUUCGACUUGGAUGAAUCGUGCCAGUCGCGACCAAGCAAAUCUGUCCUUGAUGAACAUGCAGCUCAAACAAGCCAUCCUCAAGGAGCGGCAGCGCCUGAGCUCUCAAGCUGUACGGCAUGGCAUAUCCGGCCAGACCAGCGAGCCGACAUCUUUGCGUGACUUUUCCACCACCCGACUGCUUGCCCCCGUAAAUAAGGAGCGCAAGGACAACAACAGUGUGCGCCGCCCCACACUGCCCGGUCGCGUCCGUCCCCGUGCGGCGCCGCGCCCAUCAACAGCCCCCACAACCGCAGAUAGCACCGGCUCCGUGCCUACUUCAGCCGCUGCCUCCUCGUCGCCCACAUCGCACGCCGCCGGGUCUACGCCACCUAUCCCCACCCCGGCCACAUUCUCACCCCGGCAACCGCACGGUACCAAGCCCACCAAGGCUUUACAGCGACCCCUGCCCACCUCGCUUGCCAAACCAUCGAUGCGUAUGGGCAUCCCCACACUCAAGGAUCUCUGCUUGGAACGCCUCAUCAGCUUACGGCAUGACAUCGAAGAAGUCGGCGACCGUGUACCCAUUGACCUAAUGCGACCUGUUCUCGAGGCCUGCGAUGAGAUUGACCUCGUACGCAUCGAGAACGCCAACCCUCACCUGCUGGGUCAAGUAGACCAUCGCUGGCGCGAGAUCUGCCUUGACAAGCUCUCCGAACGCGUACGCCGUGAGAAGCCUGCCGACCAGACCUGGCGUGACUGUUUCAUCCAAUAG